AUGACGGACGGACUAGAAGAUGCCGAUGAAGAUAUAGCCGGGGAUGAUGAAUGGAUCGGCGUCGAUGACGACGGGGACAAGGCCGAGGAAGCGACCACAUUUGAAGUGCUGAUAGUCGUGGAUGGACUCGGCGCUAUGGAUGAUGAACUUGACGACCGCGUUGAGCUCGGAGGGGCCGACUGCCCGUUCGUCGAGGUCGUCGCUGCAGUGGCCAUCGUCGAUAUUGUUGCUGCUGCUGUUGUUGUUGUUGUUGCUACAGCAGAAGAUGCCAGCAACGACGAUGAAGAGGAAGAAGAAAAAGAAGAAGGGGCCAGACUCGUGGUCGGCGCGGUCGAGAGGCUCGAAGUCGACACAACAACAGAGGCUGAUGUUGCACUGGCUGUGGACCGGGCAGGUGACGUCGAGCUUGGAGAAGUGGUCGACGAAAAUGAACCUGCCAUUGCUGUCGACGUGGAUGUACUGAGGGCGCUGCCUCCAGUCGUCACCCCCAACGUCGUCGAAACAACGGAUGUGACUGUUGACGAAGAAGUGUCGUCGGUCGUCGACCCGCCCAAUGGAACGCCGGCGUCAAAGCUCGACGUCGGGGUCUCCGAGAUCAGCGAGAAGGAAGUCGACGUCGUGGCCCCCGGCGCGACGUAA